AUGGACAAGGUGUGGGCGGAUUAUGUGAGGGCCGUUAUGCCCAUCUCCUACGGUGACAAUUUCUGGGCUGCACAUACGGAUUUUGUCUCCCUCAACACUAUGGACAAGGCACUGUUUGAAGAUAACAAUGAUAUGCCGGAUACGUUACUCUACUCAGCUAGCAAAGACCCGCAUGUAGGGCCAGAUGGUAAAACCAAGCAGCAACGCUACGUUGAGAGGAAUAGGGAUGCUAUAAAUGCAAAGAAUGCUUUGCGAAAUCGGCAAAAACGUGCACAACAAAAGCAGCUUGAAGAAGAUGAAUCUGAGCUAGAGGCCGUCGAGGCCUUAGUCAAUCCCUCUACAGUUCCAGAUCUAUUCUCCAGGGGCACAGACCAAGAUCAGCUCUCUGACAAGUACAGUGAUACCGACUCAGAUAGUGUCAUUGCGCAAGGAGAGGACCCAUUUCCCCGAAAGGCUGAAGAGCCAAAGCGACCAACUACGUAUGAAGAGGUAGUGCAGGAGUACAUUCGAUAUCACGACCGCGAACUCGAUGCAGAGUUGGACCUUUUAGUUGUGUAUGACGAGUUCAAAAGGGCCAACGCCAUGUACGAUGACUGUCGGGAAAGGUAUGACACGUACUUUGAUUCUUUAUCGCCUCGUUACUGGACCGUUGUCGACGGGUGGACACGAAAGCGUAAAUAUGCGGGGAGCAGCCUCCAGGUUGAGGGUGAACGCUUGUUGAGGGAAAUUAGGGACACCGAGAAGCUUUUUAACUCAGUAUUGCUCAAGCUACCCCCUAAGGACGAUGUAUGGGCAGCAGCCUUCGACAUGACUCGUCAUUUAAUGGGAUGGAUGGCAUACCUUCAUCAUAUCCAUGAAGGACUUUGCAAUGACAUGUAG